GGCUCGGGACAGCCUCCCCGGGAACGGGCUCCGUUACCGAACUCACCGCGGGCCGGUCACCGCAGGCUGAGCUGGGGACAGGGGAGAGGUUGGCAUUGCUCAGGUAAGGCCUGUGGGGCUGAGCUGCCACAGGGAUCACUUCUCUGUUAGCUCAGAUUCUUUUAUCUCUGAGUUUAUUACAGAAUACGCUGAGCUGGAACAAUAAUCAAGUUCAACUCUGAUGUGAAUGGCCCACCUUGGUAUAAAUUAGCACGGUGCUCUAACCAACUACAGCACAUCAAAAACACACCCACCGUUUUCCUCAUGCUUUUCCUGGAUCUGUUACUCCAAGCCACGAGCUGUAACCCUUUCCAAACCGAGCCUGUUUGUAUUGCUAUGCAGAUCCCUCCUGGUUGCUAGGCUGCCAAAACGAUACAAUAACACUUGAUUUUGUUUUCCAGCAGGUCAUGUCGGUUCUUCCGGAUCUUCACCUGCAUUAUGUGCAGACUUGUCAAAAUCUGAGCCAGCCUGAAAACCCCUUCAUUGCUCGUGUGCUUAAAGAAGCUGAUAAAAAUGAUGAAAUAACUACAAAAGGAAUCACAUUAAAAUUAGCUGGAAAUAAUCAUCUGGAGCCUGUGCCAAGAGUUACAGAUGAUGAUCUUGGAGUUCUUGCCUCUGUCUUAGGCCAAGCUGCCUUUGUCACAGGUUUGGAUCUGGCCUAUAAUUUAUUGACUGAUGCUGGAGCAAAGAUCAUGGCAACAAUCCUCCAGGAAAACUCCACUCUGCAGUAUCUGAACCUGAUGUUCAAUGACAUUGGCACAAGUGGGGCAGAGCUGAUAGCAGGAGCACUCCAUAGCAAUCAAAGUCUUGUGCACCUGAGAAUGACUGGAAACAAAAUAGGAAACCAAGGUGGGCUGUUCUUUGCUUCAAUGCUAAAAAUUAACUCAGCCUUAGAGAAGUUGGAUCUUGGAGACUGUGAUGUGGGCCCACAGUGCCUGACAGCAACAGCCAUAGCCCUGACACAGAACAAAUCACUCAAAGCCAUAAACCUAAAUCGUCCUUUGCUAUCCAGCCAACAGGAAGAGACCACAGUUCAUAUAGCUCGGAUGUUGAGGAGUAAUUCUUCUCUUGUGGAACUACAUUUGGGCAAGCAUGAAAUGAAAAAUUUUGGUGUAGAACGACUGUGUGAGGCCCUGUAUGAAAACUCCAGCCUGAGAUACCUUGACCUUAGCUGUAAUAACAUCAUCUGUGAUGGUGUGGAAUUUUUGGGAGAGCUGCUAAGAAGGAACAGAAGCCUGGAGAUCCUGGAUCUCGGUGCAAACCGAAUAGAAGAUGUUGGAGCCAUUUGCCUGAGUCAGGCCUUGGCAACACGGAACAGGACUCUGCAGGCGUUAUCCGUUGUAAGCAACAAUAUAACUGGCCAAGGACUUGUAGCUCUUGCACAGGCAAUGCAUUCCAACAUGGCACUUACCCAUAUUUACAUCUGGGGGAACAAAAUUGAUAGAAGCACCUGUGUGGCAUUCUCGGAGCUGAUGACAGUGGGCCGCCUGGAGCUGGGCUGCACAGACGUGGCUCCCUACGAGGUGGACGGGGAGGUUCUCCUGGCAGAGCAGUCCCACGGGCUGGCCAAGCACCGCUACUGGAGCCCACGCUGCGCCGCCGUGGCCCCCGGCGCCGCCAACGCCAGCCUGGAGAUCGUCCCCGUCUCCGAGUAUUUGUGAGCAAAGCCCACUCUGGAGAUCAUCCCCAUCUCCGAGUAUUUGUGAGCAAAGCCCACUCUGGAGAUCGUCCCCAUCUCCGAGUAUUUGUGAGCAAAGCCCACUCUGGAGAUCAUCCCCAUCUCCGAGUAUUUGUGAGCAAGGCCCACUCGUGGGCACUCCCAGAGCCUGAGCUUUCCCUACCUGCUUUCUAGUAAAAUAGGUUAUAUCAGUAUCACA